AUGGUCUUCCACCAGCGUGAGGGGUUCCUGAAGGCGGAGGUGGAGGCCUUCAGGCGGGUCUUCCAAGACCACGAUGAGGACAACAGCGGCGAGGUCGGCACCAGCGAGCUCAGCAAGUUGCUCCGCUACCUGGGCUACAGACAUUCCACUUCGGACGUGCACUCCUACAUCAUCGCCGCCGACAUCAACCAGAGCGGGCAGCUCGACUGGCGCGAGUUUCUGCACCUCAUGCGCUGCUUCAAGGAGGGGGCGUGCGAGGAGGCUCAGAGAGUGUUUGAGCAGAAGGCGCGGUGGGUCCGCGCGGGGGCCACCAAGGAGCUGGAGCAGGUGAUGGACCAGAAGCACCUCGGCAGGGCACUGGAGCAGCUGGGCUACAGCGCCGAGGCCGCGGCGGGCGCGCGGCCGGCGACGAGCACGAAGCUGAGGCUGGACGACUUCAUCGGCAUCCUCGACGCCACGCGGGUGGACUUCGUGGAGAGGGAGCGCGUCAAGGCCGGCUUCACCGAGGACGAGCUCGGAUUCUUCCGCAGGGUCUUCGACACGCACGACAGGAACAAGACCGGCUUCAUCGGUGUGCUCGAGAUGGAGACGAUCUUGAACAUGUUCGCUUGGGGCCCUACAGACAAACAGGAACAGCUGCUGCUGGCAUCAAAGAUGCAGAUGGCCACCGAGCGCGCCCGCGCGACGGGGAUGCCAGGCGCCAUCGGCAGCGAUGGCGAGACGAGCUUCUGGGUCUUCGUGCAGCUGUUGCGCCUGCUGCACGACGAGCAGGACCGGAGCGAGGACGCGCAGCUCCGGGCCCUCUGCUGCGAGCUGCGCUUCAGCGAGGUCGAGGUCGACCAGUUCCACCAGGUCUUCAGGCACUACGCGAAGCCCAACCCGGAGUUCAUUACCGGGCUCCAGAGGGGCGUGGCGCCCUACCUGCUGCCAGGCGACGGGGCCCGGAAGCUCAUCAGGUUCCUGGGCGUGCACAUCGGCGAGAGCGAGGGGAUGCUGCAGGAGAAGCUGGCCUCCCUGGACCCCAAGGGCCCGAAGGGCCACCCCAGGCUGGAGUUCUGGCCCUUCCUGCGGCUGAUGCGGUGGCUCAUGGACACCAACUUCAACGACGUCAACGACUGCGUCGCCAGUCGCCUGAGGGGCCUGCCGGCAGAGGCGGACUCGCCGUGA